GAAAAUAAUAGAGAAAUGAAAGAUCUGGUCGAAGCGACCAACCAACUCAGAGAGAUCUUCGUUCUUCCCAAUUCGGCAAUCAUCAUUCCUUCAGUCGAACUCAUGGACUGAACUUUUGACUUUCCCCUUCGAUUCUUCUCUCAAAACUAAAACCCAAUUCAGAUCAAUCUAACCCUAAAUUCUCUCUCUUCCCCCAUUUACCAAUUCCGAACAUUAUUUAUUUCUAUGGCCGAUCCUUCCGAAGGCUUGGGUUCAGAUUCGGCGGCAAUUGGAAUCCACUCCACCACCAAGGACGACCUUUGCAUGGAGAUCGACCCACCUUUCCGCGAGAAUUUGGCCACUGCUGAUGACUGGAGGAAAGCCCUGAACAAGGUUGUUCCAGCCGUCGUUGUCUUGCGCACCACCGCCUGUCGGGCCUUCGACACUGAAUCCGCUGGUGCCAGCUAUGCUACUGGAUUCGUUGUUGAUAAGCGCCGUGGGAUUAUCCUCACCAAUCGUCAUGUUGUUAAGCCAGGACCUGUAGUAGCAGAGGCUAUGUUUGUGAAUAGGGAAGAAGUUCCUGUACGGCCUAUAUACAGAGAUCCAGUUCAUGACUUUGGCUUCUUUCGCUAUGACCCUGGUGCAAUUCAAUUUCUUAAUUAUGAGGAGAUUCCCCUGGCUCCAGAGGCUGCUUAUGUUGGACUUGAGAUUAGGGUUGUUGGUAAUGAUAGUGGAGAGAAGGUUUCUAUCUUAGCCGGUACCCUUGCUCGGCUGGAUCGGGAGGCUCCUCACUAUAAGAAAGAUGGAUAUAAUGAUUUCAAUACAUUCUACAUGCAAGCUGCAUCUGGAACUAAAGGUGGGUCAAGUGGUUCCCCAGUAAUUGAUUGGCAAGGCAGGGCAGUGGCAUUGAAUGCUGGAAGCAAGUCCUCAAGUGCGUCAGCAUUUUUCUUACCUUUGGAAAGAGUUGUUAGAGCGUUGACAUUUCUUCAGAUGGGUAGAGAUUGUUACGAUCAUAAAUGGGAAGCAGUUUCCAUUCCCCGUGGUACGCUUCAGGCAACCUUUCUACACAAAGGAUUUGAUGAGAUACGUAGGCUUGGCCUCCGAAGUGAAACAGAGCAGAUGGUUCGCCUGGCUUCUCCAUCCGGUGAAACAGGAAUGCUAGUUGUAGACUCUGUGGUGCCAGGUGGCCCUGCCCAUAAACUUUUGGAGCCAGGUGAUGUGCUUGUUCGCAUGAAUGGAGAAGUAAUUACGCAGUUUCUGAAAAUGGAGACUCUACUUGAUGACACUGUGAAACAGACAAUUGAUUUGCAAGUUGAAAGGGGUGGGGCGUCAUUUACAGUACACCUAGUGGUACAGGAUCUACAUUCCAUAACUCCUGACUACUUUUUAGAAGUAGGCGGUGCAGUGAUACAUCCGCUUUCAUACCAGCAGGCCAGAAACUUUCGUUUUAAAUGUGGUCUUGUCUAUGUUACCGAACCAGGAUAUAUGUUGUUCAGAGCUGGAGUUCCUCGUCAUGCUAUCAUCAAGAAGUUUGCUGGUGAAGAAAUUUCAAGAGUUGAGGAUCUAGUCUCAGUGUUAUCUAAGCUGUCUAGGGGUACUCGGGUUCCACUGGAAUAUAUAAGCUAUACAGAUCGUCACCGAAGGAAGUCUGUCCUAGUCACUGUUGAUCAUCAUGAAUGGUACGCCCCUCCUCAAAUAUAUGUUCGCAAUGAUACUACUGGUUUGUGGAUAGCCAAGCCUGCUUUUCAACCUCACCUUCGUUUGGAGUCUUCUCCAAUGACUAAUGUGGGAGAAGGUUAUAUGAAUCCAACAGAUGUACUCAGUGAUGAUUCUUCUCAUUUAAGACAUAUGCAUCCAGUGAACAACCUUGAAAUAAUUGAUGGCGUGGUUAGUAUGGAAACCAAUUUUGAACAUGGGUCAGAAGAGGCACGUUCUCAAGAUAGAUCUGAUGCUGGAACUAAAAAACGAAGAGUAGAAGAUGAUCGAUUAACCGAUGGAAAUGUUGCCGACAGUUCUUUUCAUGAAACUCAAGAAACCAUCUUGGAGGAUGCCACUGCUAUGCAAACUGCAAAUAUACGGGAUUAUCAAGGUGGAACCGUUGCAGUAGUUGCAGCUAAUGCUUCAUUUCCUGAACGUAUUAUAGAGCCCACUCUUGUGAUGUUUGAGGUUCAUGUGCCACCAUCAUGUAUGCUUGAUGGUGUUCAUUCGCAACACUUUUUUGGGACAGGUGUUAUAAUAUACCACUCUCACAACAUGGGACUAGUUGCCGUUGACAAGAAUACUGUUGCAAUAUCAGCUUGUGAUAUCAUGCUAUCUUUUGCUGCCUUUCCCAUUGAGAUUCCAGGGGAGGUGGUCUUCUUGCAUCCAGUUCACAACUAUGCUCUAGUUGCAUAUGAUCCCUCUUCUCUUGGAUCUGUUGGUGCCGCAGCAGUGCAGGCUGCAAAAUUACUUCCUGGCCACCUGUUAAGGGAGGAAAAGGCUUUUGUGGGCCCAUGCGUUAGAGCAUUGUUGUUGGUAGUUUGGUUGGAGAGAAACAACUGGGCCUUCAAUGACAAAGCUCAAGCUUUUGAGCCUGCACUACGACGUGGUGAUUCAGUCUAUCUUGUUGGAUUAGGCAGAAGUCUGCAAGCAACUUCCAGAAAAUCAAUUGUAACUAAUCCUUGUGCUGCAUUAAAUAUUGGAUCUGCUGAUUCUCCACGAUAUAGAGCAACUAAUAUGGAAGUAAUUGAGCUUGACACAGAUUUUGGCAGUACAUUUUCGGGAGUGCUCACCGAUGAGCACGGGAGGGUCCAAGCUAUCUGGGGAAGUUUUUCUACUCAGUUGAAAUUUGGUUGCAGCUCUUCAGAAGAUCAUCAGUUUGUGAGAGGUAUUCCUAUCUACACCAUCAGCCAAGUCCUUGACAAAAUUCUUUCCGGGGCAAAUGGACCUCCUCUUUUAAUAAAUGGAGUGAAAAGGCCAAUGCCUUUAGUUAGAAUUUUGGAAGUGGAACUUUAUCCAACAUUGCUCUCAAAGGCUAGAAGUUUUGGGCUGAGCGAUGAAUGGUUGCAGGAUCUUGUUAAGAAGGAUCCAAUCAGGCGGCAGGUUUUACGAGUUAAAGGUUGUUUGGCUGGAUCAAAGGCUGAAAAUUUACUAGAGCAAGGAGAUAUGGUUUUGGCGAUAAAUAAACAGCCAAUUACAUGUUUCUAUGACAUAGAAAAUGCUUGCCAGGAAUUAGACAAAAACAAUAGCACCGACGGAAAACUUAACAUGACUAUUUUCCGGCAGGGGCAUGAAAUUGAUCUUCUUGUUGGAACGGAUGUAAGAGAUGGGAAUGGCACAACCCGCAUAAUAAAUUGGUGUGGGUGCAUUGUUCAAGAUCCACAUCCAGCAGUGCGUGCCCUUGGGUUUCUUCCUGAAGAAGGUCAUGGGGUGUAUGUAGCAAGAUGGUGCCAUGGUAGUCCAGUACAUAGAUAUGGUCUUUAUGCUCUUCAAUGGAUAGUUGAAGUGAAUGGGAAACUAACUCCUGAUUUAGAUACUUUUGUUAAUGUGACUAAGGAACUAGAACAUGAGGAGUUUGUCCGUGUGAGGACGGUCCACUUGAACGGAAAGCCUCGAGUUCUAACACUGAAGCAGAAUUUACACUAUUGGCCUACAUGGGAAUUAAGAUUCGAUCCCGACACUGCAAUGUGGCGUCGUGUGACAAUUAAAGCAUUGAACUCAAAUAACCCGUGAAGAGGAGUCAUAUUUUUUAAAAUUAUUGCCCGCUGCAGAGCACAAAUCCUGGAGGAACAUCAUAGGUUGGAAAUUGAAGUCAAAUAGUAUGUAUUACAGCUUCUCUUCUUCACAAUUUUGAAGUCAGUUGAGAAGGUUAUUAACGUUUUUCAUCUGUGUCACACUAGGCCAUACCCUAGUAAAUAAAUAUCUUGAUGUUUGGGGGAUUUUCAUAUUUGUAUGAUCGUUCAUAUUAAUGUUUGGGGUUAUUUUAAUUUAAAUUUUAAAUUGAUAAUUAUAUUAUUUCAAAUUCUUUAACUUUUGUAAAUGUAUCAACUCAAUGUUUGGAAAA